AUGGCUGUUUCCGCGUACGACCAGUGGCUUGCUCGCCGCGAGGAGCAGCGCCGCCGCAUAUGCGGCGAUGACCGCCUGAGCGCCCUUCCUGACGACGUGAUCCGCCUCAUCCUCCGCUGCCUCGACACACGCUCGGCGCUCGCCACCGCCGCGGUUUCCAAGCAUUGGGCGCGCUUCCGUCGCGAGCACCCCGUGCUCGAGUUCAAAGUCACUGAUAUCCUGCCUGAGCGCUACCAUCGCCGGUACGAGCGGCGGAGCAUGCGCUCCAUGGCCAUAUCCAUGAAUAGCUUCUUGGACGCGGAUGAAGUCGUCGACCACGGGCAGGGUCGUCGUCGUCGUCGUGCCCACGCUAUGACUCUAGAACUAUUCCCAGGCCACAACACUGCGCCGUUCAACCGCCUCGUUACCAAGGCCAUUGGUGACUGGGGAGUUGAAGACCUAGAGAUCGUCGUGCUCCAUCCAACUCCAUGCCACGGCCACGACGUGAGCUACAGCUUCCCUCACCAUUGUUUUGACGACGACGACGACCUCAAAUCUCCCACUACUGGUGGUGGCCUGAAGAAACUGAAGCUAACUAAUUGCACGGCCCACGACCCAUUGGCCGCCGCCGGCGGCGGCGGCUCAUCGCUGCCGGCGUUUAGCUCCCUCACCAUGCUCGUCUUGCAAGACAUGCCCAAGUGGACGCGCGGCCGCGUGUACCAGUGCAUCGUCCGCGCGUGCCCGAGCCUGCAGGUGCUGCACCUCAAGUCCUGUGUCUUCUGGGACUUGGAGAGCAUGUCCAUAGACGCUCCUGCCUCGCAGAUAACAGAGCUGGUCGUCGACGGCUGCACGUUCGUCUCCAUGACCCUCCGUUCUCUACCAAGGCUUGAGCGACUGGCUCUCGUGGGUGCUCCUGUGGCGUUUGCCUUUGGCUCUCUGCCGCGUCUCAAUCGCCUCAACCUCAGCUUCGUCCAAGACCCGAUCCCAGCAAGCAGCCGCCAUCCUAUGUUCCCUGACAUGCGAGACGAGUACUCUGUUUUCUCUGUCAUCGAUCCCUCGGACAGUUUCCGGGACUUGGAGUGCCUUGUAGUUCGUUUCACGGGGCCGGAGAAUUGGGUCGUGCCAAUCGAGGGCUUGUCGCUGGGCAAUGUGAGGCGGCUGCUCUUAGCAGACAUGCCGCGUUCGUGGGACAUCUCGUGGACAUGUCGCCUCCUGGAAGCUGCGCCUUAUCUGGAGACACUGCAUGUCCAUUUUGUUGAUGAUCUUCAUGUGGGAAUGGCGGCGGUCGUCGAUCCAGCGAUUACGAGGCCACCGUCCGACUUCAAGAACCGUGCGCUUAAAGAGGUGGUGAUCAUAGGCUUCAAGGGGACUGAUGGGAAGCAUGUUCGCUUUGUGAGGCUUCUUAUUAGGAACGGGUGCAGCACGCUGGAGAAUGUUACGCUACUCAAGCAUGGACGCGUGCGGGAGAUGGGGCUUUGGGACUGGCAAGUGGUGGCCACCCCGGAAGAGUGCCAAUGGAGCGACGAGGAAAGGGACGCCUUGUUGAAGGAGAUACACAAGGGUGGGAAUACUUCUUCCACGACGCGAAUUAUUCUUGGAUGA